UGAUUCAGCGGUACACUUUCCCAAUACAGCUUGCCAAUUUGGUUUUGUAUUCUAAAUUGCUUGCUAUAAACGAGAACCGCCUCUCGUACAAUUUUGAGCACAAAGCCACAAACCCUGCAUCUGCAUUUCUCUCUUACUUUCAAUCAUGGCGGAAUCAAAGUCCAAGAUUCAAUCUGUCAGGGAAUGGGUCGUUGACAACAAGCUUAGAACUGUCGGGUGUCUAUGGCUUAGCGGUAUUGUGGGUUCCAUCGCCUACAAUUGGUCACAGCCUGGUAUGAAAACCAGCGUGAGGAUCAUCCAUGCUAGGUUGCACGCUCAGGCUCUUACUCUGGCUUCAUUAGUUGGUGCUGCCGCGGUUGAGUAUUGGGACAACAGAGGUGCACCCAAGGCCGAGCGAUAUCCAGAGUUCCUCCAUGCUAAUCCAUUAUCUCGCAAGGACUAGAUAGUUCUUUCUGUCGCAGGUGUCCGUGCCCGAUUAGUUAAAGUUGUAUCCUAUAGGGGAUAGAAAUAAUAGAUUGUGUGGACAGGCACAAGUUCUGUAUUUUUUUUAACCUCAUUUGGCAAUGUUGAGCUAGUAAAUGUCAAAGAAAUUUACAGCUGGAUGCUAUCUGCUAUCUAGAGAUUGAGGGAGCGUGUUAUUGCAGUCAUUUUUUUCAAUGAUAUUGCCGUUUAAGGAUU